AUGUUUAAAUAUCAAACAAUAUUAAGCCCUCUUGACCAAUUUGAAAUAAGAAACUUAUUUAGUAUAGAUACACCAUUAUUAGCAAAUAUGAACCUAUCUAUAACUAAUAUAGGGUUAUAUAUGACUAUAGCUGCUUUCAUAGCUUUCUAUUUUAGUAUUUUAGCUACUAACCACUCAAAAAUUACUCCAAACAAAUGA